AUUUUAGAAAUUAAACUUAUAUAAAAGAAAAAUUUUCGAGUGCUUUUUUAAUGAUUUUAUAAAGUGAGGUACUUUCAAAGAUAACGACCAAUAACAUCCACGAUGUCCAGAACUUACUUACGAGCCAGAGGAUUAAACAGAUCUAGAGCAUCACUAAGGUCCAAGGGAUCAAUGAGAACGAGACAGUUUAGAAAGAAAAGAAUGGAAGAAAUGGCGCAGCUUUAUGGCCUGAAACCUUAUGGUUUUUGCUGCUCGACGACUGACUUUGAUUCCGCCAUGAAAUAUAACGAGCAAAAACCUCCGUUUAAGUCCUCUCUUACGGCAAUUCAGUCUAUACAUGAUAGUCCGACAUUAAAAUUGAGAACUUCAUACGUAAUCCCAAAGUCAUCACAAUCGAAGAAAAAAGCAGUCAAAUCCAGAAGAGGAUCUACCGACGGUGAACGCGAUCACCGAAUUUCGAAAUUUCACUAUCCAACUUUGGCAUUGCGCAGACAAUUGUUAUGGUACAUAGAGGACGAAGUAGAUUUAGCUCAAAAUAUGAUUUGGCAUCAAAGACAGAAGACGUACAAUGAAGAAGCAGAUAAAGCUGCUCUUCUUGGAGAGAAGAAAGUAAAAGAGAGGAUGAACAAGCUGAAGGAUAUCGGUAAACCCCGAUGGUAUCAGGAUUUUUCCAUUACUCAGAUGCAAAACUUGAUGGAAUUAGAAAACGCAAUUCGUGCCGACAACGAAGAGAAAAUAACUACUCGGACGCAAAAAGUUCUUGCGGCAAUUGGAGUUACGUCUAGUUCUUUUAAAUUAUCGCCCUGUGUUAUAAGAACGUUGCAAAAAACAUCAAACCUGCAGUCAAUUGGUUUCUUCCGAGAGGUUUACAAAAAGCACACAGGAACUUAUUUCGAGGAAGAAGAAUAUAAAAAAGAGUAUGACUGCAACGAGAGAAUAAUCUUGUCUGCAAUUGCUUUCUUAACACUGCCGGAAGCUGUUACGGAGUUGGACAAACGAUUGCCACCUGUUGAAUUACCACAAAUUCCACCGAAACCACAACCCGUAAAAAUAAUGUUUAAAAAAAGUAAGGUAUCUCCAUACAAAGACUCCCUAUUUCUUCCUCCGGAUUGGGCCGCGUACAGAACGAGUUUAGAACAAUGGCGAAAACAAUGUAAACUGACACCAAUACCAAAAGUCAUUUUACCCCUAAUGGAACAGAAUUCUUCAGAACAGCAAAAGCACACGGAAGCUAAUACAAAAAUUGAUACAAAUAGCGCCGUUAAAAGAGAAGAUGUAAACCUGAAAGGAAAUAAACAAAUGGAAAAAAUACAUGGACAGUUAGAACUGAGUAAACGAAAUUCAGAUGGAAAUAAAAAAAAUACCACUGCUGAUAUAGUUACCGAUAAGACUAAUGACGCGUUUGAUUUUAUGAUAUCUGGUAUUGGACAGGAUGCCGGACAUAUAGAUUACAAAAUAAAUGGCACAUUAAGACCACGUUCUCGUACAAAGUCAUGGCUUGGUGAAAAAGAUCCAUAUUAUGUCAUUUCUGGUAUACACGAGAAUGAAGAACCCCCAAAUUGUCCCAUUAAUUACGAAUUAACAGGUGUUGUGAACGUCACUCCGGUUAACAGUAAUACGACAUUUUUUUCCGAACUAAAACUCGGAAAUGGUCCUAAGAAGAUUUACCCUUCAGGAAGGAAAAAUUUGUCAAAGAACUGGCAAGAGUGGCUGCAAAGUGUGGACGAGGAAUUCUUCAAAGUUGAGGCGGAGGCCAAUAGAAUAAUUAAAAGUGUAGAAGCCACAAUGAAAUUGGUUAUGCCAGGACCCAUGUGCGAUAGCUGUUGUGCUUGUAGGCAAACUAGGAAAUCUAAUAUAAAAUACCAUACUACCAAGACGCCAUUUAUGGUAAUUGAGUCCGUGGCAGGAGAUGACAAUGAAAACAAGUACAUCGUAGGAUCCAUAGCGAUGCACUCACCUGCACCGAGUCCUCCAGAAUCGACUGUUAAUUUGCUGGAAGUUGUGGCCUCCGAAGAUAAAAUAACGAAAAAUCUUCUAAUAAAUGGGAUCACAGAUGAGAACGGCAAAACGACAUAUUAUAUAGCAGGUGUUUCACAAGAAGUAGAGCACAUUCCUAAAAAAAUCAUUGCAGAGCCGCAUACUUCAAAAAUCUCUCGUAAUGUUCCUUCAUGUUCAUGUGCCAUUGAACGUAUUUUCAAUAAGGGUUUAAAACCUGAAGCAAGUAACGAUGAUAUUCCAUGGACAAAGAAAGAAGAUGUAUGCCCUGGGAAGAAAUUUCGACCCGUUGAAAAUUCUGCGUAUUCCUGUAAAGAGGCACCAAACGAUAAAUCGUGUCGAAGAAGCCCUUUCAAAAGGGAACUGAAAAAAAUGAUAGAGGGAGAAAAUACGGUAAAAUCUAUUUAUCCAUCAGAAGAAAGAAAGAUGUACAGUCUUGCUAAGUUUCAACCGUGUGGAGAUGAUGAUGGAAUGGCAAUUUGCAGAGGUCCUUGGGGAGCUACUAAUAUCCCUGAUCCUGAUGAAAUAGCUAGAAGAGAAGCAAAAGCUAAAGAGAUUCUAAAAGGUCCCCCUUGCGGAGAGAAGCCAGGUCGAGCAGUUUGUGGAGGACAAUGGGGAAUGAGAAUACCAAUUCCUAAAAAGAAGAAAUCAGAUAAUGCCUAUUCGGAAACAUUGAAAUUAUCCAAAGCAUUUCCUCAACCUUCGAAACCGUUAAAAAAGAUAAAAGAAAUGCGAGCUGUAAAGGAAACCGCUAAGCAAAUGAAACUAGCUGAAAAAUUAGCAAAGCAGGAUAUUGUAGGAGAAAAAGAAAAUGCUACAACGCAGCAGAAAAUAAGAAAGGAAACGAGACGAUUUAUUAACAAAAGAAUGAACAAUGCAAAUGAAAAAUCAAUGGUUAAAAAUCAAUCGUCACAACCAAGACAAAAUGUUAUUAAUAAAAAAAAAGGGAACAGCAUGAGUAGAUCUGCUAACAGAGAAGAAGAAAAACUGAAAGUAGAAAACAUAGUUGAAAGAAGAGGAAAAAGAGGAACAGAAAUCAACAGUGAACACCACAGAGAAAGGAGAACAUCUAAUUUUAAAAAACUUCAAGGCAAAAAGGAUCUUAAAUCUCCAAUCAACUAUAAAAAUGAAAUAACCGAAAAAUCUAAAAAACAAUACAGAAUUAGAGAUAAAUCUGCUAAGGAGAGUUCUAACAAAGAAGAAAAAAUAAGAGAGAUCAAAGAGCGGUUUAAGAAUAUGUCCACCUUGAAUCGAAAUCACAAUAUUGACCCGGUUCAUAUACCGGAGAAACCGAAGUUCUGUAAAGUUGAAUCUACUUCCGUUCACGAAUUAUUUCCAACUAAUGAGGAAAAGGUUUUACCUUUGGAAAAAUAUAGCAAAAGCAGACUGAAUGAUAAAUUAAAGCAAGGACCUUUCGGUUGGAAAACAAAAUCCCAACAAGGGUUACCGACAGAAAAAACAUUAAUAUUUUUAACUGAGCCUACAUAUCCCAUGGAAAUGGUUCCGGUACACCCAGGAGGAAAGCCUUGUAAAUGUCGAGAAAGUAGAAAUAAUCGGAGGAUUCUACUUUACAAUAUUGGUGGUACAAUAAAUCAAGGAAAAUCAAAAGGGCAGGAAAUCGCUCACGUUGUAGAAGGCGUUACAUAUAUUACACCUCCACCCAGUCCUCGGAUCAGCGAUGAGUAUGUCCCAGAAUAUGAUCUUCUCGAUGUUCCGGACGACACAUGUGUUAGAGAGGUGCAGCAAGAAAAACAGUUUAAAUAUACCGAACAAUACUUGGGUCCCAAAAGUCUACAUCCAAGAAAAGCAAAAAACCGACCGAUGUGCAAAUGUGGCUUUGGUAGUUCGAACGAUAAAAAUAAAAUAAAUCAAUUAAAACUGGCCUCCGAUUUGGCAGAUUUGGUCAACGAUGGGGAGGGAAUUGAUACUUUCGCCAAAUGUAGAGGCACGGGUCCAUGUUGGCAAACCACAUCAAAUUUUGAACAAAAUAAACCUGUAAUGCGGAAACUUCAAGUAAAGCGACCUGUUUGUGAAUGUAAAUACGAAAGAAAGAUAUUGAGAAGAGAGGAAGAAAGAACCAAAUGGACGGAACGUCAGAAAAGGUUAAAAUCUUACAAGAAAACUCCAUUUGUUCACAUAGGUGGGACGUUGAGGCCAAUGGAAAAAAAUACCAAGUUUAUUAUAUCAGGAGUGAAAAGAAUUCCGAAAGAAAACCCAGAAAAUGGGUCUAAUGUGAAGUAUAUCAUAUCAGGAGUAGCGGAUCAUUAUAAAAUGGCACCACUUAGACAUUUGAUUUCGGGUGUGACAAUGCAUACCCCAACAGUAACACCUGAACCGAGUAAACCAAAUAUACCAUGUGUAUGUAAUCAUAAACACUGGUCACUCUCGAAUAUUCCAUCGGGACCGACAUCAACUAAGCGUUCCAAAGAAACUGAAAAGGAAAGUGAUAAAAUGUUAAUCCCACAAUGUAGAGAAAAAACGCUGCAAAUUAGCUGCGGGAGGCUAGCUCCUUGUGAAAGAGACCAAAACUCUAAAUUGGACUUACAGAAGUUAUUUAAUCAGUCAGACAAAUACGACAAACAAAAUAGUAAAUUGGAAAACAUACAAAAAUGUAUAAAAGAAACUGGAAGCAGCAUUGAAUGCAGUGCCGGAGUAAAAACUCAAACUAAAAUUGAAAAAGAUAAACCAAGGUUGAAUGAGAACGCUAGAGUAGAGAGUCCCACAGCAAAAACAGGAAAGGAAAUGGUGAAAGAUAAGAUGAAUAUAAAAGACAAUGAUUUGACAAGGCGCUUACAAAACGAUUUACGGAGGUUUCACAAAACUACACAAGAACGACAGGACGAUGAAGUUAUAAAAGAAAAUAUGCAUGAAAUUAACGAAGACAGCGAUUUACUAACUAUGGUGAAGAGAGCGUUAUGUGACAUGGCUAAUGAGGGAUUUCUUUUCGCUAAGUUGCAUGCUAGUUUCAGGAUGCCUCAACUGCAAUACUGGAUUAAUUAUCGAAAAGGUUUUGUUAUUUCGGACAAUGACAAAGAUCUACUGUUGCGCAAUUCUGUUGCUGUUUGGAAUGCAAUGCAAGUGACCAAAAUGUCAAACUUUUCACCUCCUUCGAUGGAUAUGUCAAAGAAUCUUUUAAAAACUCUUACAUAUGACAGGGCUGUGGAAUUAAAAAAUAAGGUUGAAGAGAAGAAAGCUGUAUUUCUAAGUCAAGUUCGAAAAUCUAGAGUUUCGGCAGCUCGGGGAUUAUGGGACUCGAUGGAAUUUGGGAAAUAUCCAUCUACGUCUUUCAAACAAGCUUACUUCACCUAUUUACCUGGUAAAGCAGAAGAUGGACACGUUUUUCGACCAUGGAAACGGUCAGACAGUAACAAAGAACGAUAAUUACUAUUCCUUACAGGAGCCGGACUUAAAUCAGAUUUUAGUGAAACCAUUCGCUUCAAAUUAU